AUGUUCAGCUUUGGUAACCCUGCUACUAACUCUGGUGGUAACACUGGCAGUGGCUCUUUGUUCGGAAAUAAAUCUGCCGGAUCUGGUGGCUUUUCAUUUGGGCAGAAUAACGCUGGGCAACAGACACAGACAUCUUCUGGUAUGUUUGGACAACAACAAACGAACACAAGUACAACGGGUAGCUCAUUGUUCGGCAAUAAAACGGCAAGUACAGGGGGAUUGAACAGCGGGUUUUCUUUUGGCCAGACCACUAGCCAACAGCCUCAGAACAAUGCCUCCGUUGGAUUAUUUGGAAAUGCUCAGCAAAAUCAAAAUACGUCCGGUGGGGGAAUGUUCGGAAGUAAUACGCUCCAAAAGCCAGGCACUGGAAGUGGUGGACUUUUUGGUAAUAAGCCUGCUGGUGGGUUUGGGAGUUCAAAUACACAACCAGCAGCCAGCGGAGGUCUUUUCGGGUCAAACAAUCAGGCGAACUCAUCUGGCGGUCUCUUUGGAACUAACCAGCAGCAGCCCACCGGAAAGUCCUUGUUCAAUAGUCAAUCUCAGGUUUCUUCAACCGGAAAUCAAGGCCUUUUCGGAAAUCAAGGUCAACAAGCACCACUACAAUCGAAUUCUAUGUUUGGAUCCUCUACGGUUAAAACGACGCAGCCCUCCUUCGGCUGGUCACAACAAUCUGCGACCCAGCAACCAUCUAAUGAACAGCAACAACAGCAACUUCAACAGCAGCAAGCACAGCAACAGCAACUACAACAGCAACAGCAAAUGCAAAACUCCAACUACCCGCAACAAAUUCAAGAGCAAGUCAUCAAAUGCAAAGAAUCUUGGGAUCCUCAAUCAUCAAGAAGCAAACUCAGAACAUUUGUUUACAAUAAGGUAAACGAGACUGAGGCCAUGCUCUACACAAAACCGGUAAAUGUAUCUCAAGAAGACUGGGACAAUGCGCUAUUGCAUAAACCUUCGCCUACUGUGAUUCCCGUACAAGUUUUUGGCUUCGAAGAAUUGAAUUUCCGUAAUACACUGCAAAGAGAACACGUCGCUCAGGCACGUUUAAUAUUGAGCCAAAUUUUGGAGAAACUCACGAAGCUCUCUCAAAAGCAUGAUUUGGACACUGCUACAAGAAUUCUUAAAGCACAAACGAGAAAUGUUCAGAUUCAACAACGGAUACUAAAGUUGGGAUCUCAACUUGCAAUUCUGAAAAGUAAAGGUUUACCCUUGAGUGUAAAUGAAGAAAAACUAUGGUCUGAAUUUGAGAAGUUGCUACAACGUAGUAAUGACCCAGCAGGGCUUGGCAAAAAUAAUGAGCUAUGGGCUCGCCUGUCGGUUUUAAAAGAAAGAGCGAAAACUAUAUCAGAUCAGCUCGAUAGCACUUUGGUAGUAAUCAGUGAGAACGGCAGCUCUAAAUCGAAAUCCACAACUUCGAGUAAAGCAGCAGAAAAGAGACUUGAUGACGAGGUUGAGAAUAGGGUAAACAAAAUUGCUGAGAUAUUGAGCAACCAACAGCGUGGUCUCUGUUAUCUAAAUGACAUUUUAGAGAAGGACAAUAAGCUGAUUGGAAAAUAUGUGAGCUCCUAA